CGCUGGAGAUCCCGCAUUUGAAGCUCAACUGUCGGCAGCUGUGACCGGAUACAUAAUACAUAUAACCCGCCCAAAAAAAAGCCAAUUACCGGAAUCGUGUGGCACAGAGUGUCGGCGGCAAGGACUCAACUCUACCCAAAGCAAAGCAAAUCACUUCUAUGUGUGUCCCUAUGAUUGAUGUGUUGCAGAAACUUCAGUAAAAGAAUUCGAAAAGAAAGUGUUUGAAAAUGUUUGUGGAAAAAGUGCUGGAACGCGCCACCAAGUCAGAGCUAUGCUCGAUACUGGCCGUGCUGGUGAUCAGCCUGAGCAUCUACACGUUCUAUGCCCACCUGGAGACGUAUCUGAGAUCGGUGAUAUUGUCGCUGCGACUGUCGGGACCGCCAACGUUGCCCAUUCUGGGCAAUUGUCUGCUCAUCAAGGAUAAGGACUUGAUGAAAAAUCAAGCAGCCAAGGCCUUCGAUCUGUAUGGAUCCCUGGUGCGGAUCUGGGUGGUUUUCUUUCCCUUUUUUGUGGUGCUGCAGCCGGAGGAUCUGCAGGUCAUACUGUCCUCGCAGAAGCACACCAACAAGGUAUUCAUCUACCAGCUGAUGCACAAUUUCCUGGGGGAUGGCCUCAUAACCAGCAGCGGCCUCAAGUGGAGCACCCACCGCAGGCUCAUCCAACCGGCAUUCCACCUCAGCCUGCUGGAGAAGUUCAUUGACACCUUUGUGGAUGCCUCGCAGUCGCUGUACGAGGCGCUCGGUACCUCCGCGGUGGGCACUGAUCUCAACAUCGUCAGCAUUGUGAACAACUGUGUGGUGGACAUCUUAAAUGAGGCCGUUCUGGGUGUGCCCAUCAAAAAGAAAGGGCCUGAUCCGGUCAACAUCGAGGAGUCGCCCUUUCGCCAGGGCAAACUCAUGAUACCCACCCGCUUCUCACAUCCCUGGCUGCUGUUCGAUGGCAUCUACCACUGGACGAAGCUGGCCAACGAUGAGCUCAACCAGAAGAAGCGCCUCCACGACUUCACCCGCCAGAUGAUCAAGAUUCGGCGCGAGAUUCUGGCCAACACCGGCAACAACAAUGCCGAGCGGAAGUGUCUGCUGGACUACAUGAUCGAGAUAUCCGAGAGCAAUCCCGACUUCACCGAGGAGGACAUCGUCAACGAGGCCUGCACUUUCAUGCUGGCCGGCCAGGACUCCGUGGGCGGCGCCGUGGCCUUCACCAUCUUCCUGCUGGCGCAGAAUGCCGACUGCCAGGAGCAGUGCCACGAGGAGCUGGAGCGCAUAUUUGACUACAGCGAUCGGGCGCCCACCAUGAGCGAUCUGCGCGAGAUGCGCUACCUGGAGAUGUGCAUAAAGGAGGCGCUGCGGCUGUAUCCCACAGUGCCACUAAUCGCCCGCAAGCUGGGCGAGGAGGUGCGUCUGGCGGACCACACUCUGCCCGCGGGCAGCAACAUAUUCAUCUGCCCCUAUGCCACCCACCGUCUGACACACAUCUACCCCGAGCCAGAGAAAUUCAACCCCGAGCGCUUUUCUGCAGAGAACUCUAAGGAUCGGCAUCCGUACGCCUUCAUCCCGUUCAGCGCCGGACCCCGCUACUGCAUCGGCAAUCGGUUUGCCAUCAUGGAGAUGAAGACGAUUGUGUCGCGGCUGCUGCGCAGCUUCCAGCUGCUGCCGGUAGCCGGCAAGAGCACAUUCAAUGUCUCCUAUCGCAUCACUCUGAGGGCCUCCGGUGGGCUUUGGGUGCGGCUGAAGCCACGCGAUAAUCCCAUCUCGCAGACUCGCGACAGCGAUUGCUACGGACUGUAGGGCUGUCGGCUGCUGCCGAGGUGUUAAUUCUUCGUUACAUUAACUUUAAUUAGUAUGGUAAAUAAGUAUGUAUAUAAAUCGAUACAAUAAUUUAAAUAUUUAGCUUCUCCUCUAGCCUAAGUACAGUGCUUGCCCCCGUUUCGGACACGGGGUGCCUGAUCUGAUCAGAGAUGUGGAUGUGUAUUACAUGUGUGUUUAUGGUGUGGCUGUGGCUGGGGUGUGGGAUGUGGGAUGUGGGAUGAGGGCGUUCUAACCCCGUGUUCGCAAUCGCAAUCGCAUUCGCAUUCAUAUUCAUAUUCGAGUGUUCGUAGAGUUUCUUCUGGGGUCUUGUCUAAGCAAAUGAUUUCUGCAAUAAUAAAGUUAUGUUUGUCGGCAUUUAAGCGACAUAAAUC